GCCGGAGCGGCUGAGUUGGAGUGACCUCAUCCCCCCCGCCCCCCGCAGCUGCGACGGCGAGGCGGAGCGAAGUGCUGCUGCAACUUUGGAUGAACUUCUGAGCCCGAGCAGUCGAGAGGCGGACGUUGGAGUACCCAGACGAGUGUCAGUGAGGUGAAGAGACUCGAUGGUUAACGUAUACGUUCAGUCGUAUGUCUUCUUUUUAUUCAACACGGCUCCGUUCUUCGUGACCGUGGUAGCGCCCGAGCCUUUAGCCCCCGGACGGCGGCUCCGCAGUUGAACUUUUGCGAGAAGCCGAAAGGUGGAUAAAUAAAUAAAAGACCACACGGCUUGAGAGCUGGUGAGCCGCCCAGAGUGAGGGAGUACCACCAACAGCGCCCUGAACGGUGGCCCUGAAGUGUCUUCUGGCCGCUCCUCCUUCCCCAUGAUGCUGGUCUUCACCUGAGCCCCUCUUCACCUCCAUCCCGACCAUCCCCUCCCCCCCUCCCCAUUCCCCCCCCCCCCCCCCCUCCCCCCCACACCCCUACGUCUCCACCCGCGGCCUUCGACCUCCACCCUCACGCACCAUGACCAGCCUGAAGCGCUCCCAGACGGAGCGCUCGGUCGGGGGCUCGGUCCCGGCCUCUGACGAGUUCUACACCCGCCGCCUGCGCCUGCCCAACGGCGGGGCGCCCCCGCCCCGCAGCGAGAGCACGCACAUCUCCUCCUCCUCCUCGUCGUCGGGCUCCAACGCCCCGGGCACCAACCCCGGCGUGCCCAAGAUGGGGGUGCGCGCCCGAGUGGCCGACUGGCCCCCCAGGAAGGACGGGGGAGGAGGAGGAGGAGGAGGAGGAGGAGGAGGAGGAAGCAGCAGCGUUUGGCACAUUACCGUGGAAACGGACUCCCCCAGCUCCACCAACACCAGUAGCUCCUCGGGUUCGGGGAGCGGCGAGCGAGAGCGAGGUGGGGGCUCGGGGGGCAGCGGCGGGGGAGGGAGCCUUGGCAGUGGAGGGGGAGGAGGAGGAGGAGGAGGAGAAAGAGAGAGAGAAAGAGGCGGCGGCGGCGGAGAAAGGGAGAGGGGCGGGACGGCCGUCGCGGCCCACAGCAACCUGUCGGCCAAGCUGGGCCACCUCAUCAGCCCCCAGGACUCGUCCAUGCUGCGCAACAUCCACAACACGCUGAAGAACAAGAUGCACAGCAAGGGCAAGGACAACCGCUUCCUGUCGCCCGACGGCUACCAGGGCUCCCCGCGGAAGGGCAUGCGGCGCAUCCGCCAGCGCAGCAACAGCGACAUCACCAUCAGCGAGCUGGACGGCGACGGCAGCGAGGGCUGGUCCUUCUCGGGCUGGACGCCCAUGCACCGCGAGUACGGCAGCACCUCCUCCAUCGACAAGCACGGCGGCUCGGGCGAGAGCUUCUUCGACAUGCUGAAGGGCUACCAGUCGUCGGAGGCCCCCGACCAGCGCAGCCCGGCCCCCGAGAGGCUGGGCGAGCUGCUCACGGUGGCCCCCGUCAAGCAGGCGGCCCUGGACCUGCCCGACGGGCCGCUGGGCCAGACGCGCGGCAGCCCCGCCAGCCGCCUCAAGGAGCGGGAGAAGCACCUGAAGAGGAGGUCCAAGUCGGAGACUGGCGGGGAGUCCAUCUUCCGCAAGCUGCGCAGCGUCAAGGCGGAGGGCGACGCGUCGCGGGCGGGCUCGGACGCGGAGGACGGCGGGAAGGCGGAGGAGGGCGGCCAGAGCGUCCACAAGCCCUGGGUAUGCCAGAAGGGCUUCGCCCACUUCGACGUCCAGUCGCUGCUCUUCGACCUCAACGAGCUCAUACACACGCGGCAGUCGGGCGGCAAGCGCAAGAACACCACCACCGGCGCCUCGGCCGCCGCCGCCGCCUCGGCCUCCUCCUCCCUCUCCUCCAAUCAGAGCGCCGCGUACGGCUCCCCCUGCGGGUCCCAGGAGGAGCUGAGCGCCAAGGAGGGCUCGGGACACGGCGCUAACCCGGCCCUGGACCCCGGGGACGACAAGAGCAACGAGCUGGUGCUCAGCUGCCCCUGCUUCAGGAACGAGAUCGGCGGCGAGGGGGAGAGGAGCAUCUGCCCCUCCAAACAGCAGGGCAGCAUUGGCAGCGGGGGCGGCUCCGGCGGCUCCCUGGGCAGCACGGAGGAGGGGCCCCUGGACGGCACCCUCUCCAGCCACUUCACCAACGCGGGCGUGGCCGUCCUGGAGGCCCCCAAGGACGGGCAGGGCCAGCACACGGAGCGGGGCAAGCGCUACAUCGUGGAGCACGUGGACCUGGGGUCCUACUACUACCGCAAGUACUUCUUUCUCAGAGAGCACUGGAACUACCUGGGGGUGGACGAGAGCCUGGGCCCCGUGGCGGUGAGCCUGCGGCGGGAGAAGCUGGAGGAGCACAAGGACCACGGGCAGCAGUACAACUACCGCGUGAUCUUCAGGACCAGCGAGCUGGCCACGCUGCGGGGCUCCAUCAUGGAGGACGCCGUGCCCUCCACCUCCAAGCACGGGCUGGCGCGGGGCCUGCCCCUCAAGGAGGUGCUGGAGCACCUGGUGCCGGAGCUCAACGUGCACUGCCUGCGGCUGGCGCUCAACACGCCCAAGGUCACGGACCAGCUGAUGAAGCUGGACGAGCAAGGGCUGAGCUUCCAGCUGAAGGUGGGGGUGAUGUACUGCGCGGCGGGCCAGAGCAGCGAGGAGGAGAUGUACAACAACGAGGCGGCGGGACCCGCCCUGGAGGAGUUCCUGCAGCUGAUUGGCGAGCGUGUGCGCCUCAAGGGCUUCUCCAAGUACCGGGCGCAGCUGGACACCAAGACCGACUCCACCGGUACACACUCCCUGUACACCACCUACAAGGACUACGAGAUCAUGUUCCACGUGUCCACCAUGCUGCCCUACACGCCCAACAACAAGCAGCAGUUGCUACGGAAGCGACACAUCGGGAACGACAUCGUCACCAUCGUCUUCCAAGAGCCCGGCGCGCAGCCGUUCACCCCAAAGAACAUCCGCUCGCACUUCCAGCACGUCUUUGUGGUGGUGCGGGCGCACAACCCCUGCACAGACGACACCUGGUACAGUGUGGCCGUCACCCGCUCCAAGGACGUGCCCGCUUUCGGCCCGCCCAUCCCGGAGGGCGUGACCUUCCCCAAGUCCUCGGUCUUCCGGGACUUCCUGCUGGCCAAGGUCAUCAACGGCGAGGGGGCGGCGCACAAGUCUCAGAAGUUCCGCGCCAUGGCCACGCGCACGCGGCAGGAGUACCUGCGGGACCUGGCGGAGCGCCACGCCACCAGCACGCCCAUCGACCCCUCGGGCAAGUUCCCCUUCAUCUCGCUGGCGCACAAGAAGAAGGAGCGCAGCCGGCCGUACGCCGGCGCCGAGCUGCGCAGCCUGGGCGCCGUGACGUGGGCGGUGCACGCCGAGGACCACUGCGGCGGUGGCGGCGAGGUGGACGCCCUGCUGGCGCUCUCCAACGACUUCCUGGUGCUGCUGGAGCGCGAGGCCCGGGCGCUGGUGUUCAACUGCGCCACGCGCGACGUGAUCGGCUGGACGCUGGGCGGCGCCGCCUCCCUGCGCGUCUUCUACGAGCGCGGCGAGUGCGUGAGCCUGCGCAGCGCGGGGAACAACGCGGACGACUUCAAGGAGGUGGUCAAGCGGCUGGAGUUCCUGACCAAAGGCUGCGAGACAUCAGAGAUGACACUCCGCCGCAACGGCCUGGGUCAGCUGGGUUUCCACGUCAACUACGAGGGCAUCGUUGCUGAGGUGGAGCCCUACGGCUACGCCUGGCAGGCGGGCCUGCGGCAGGGCAGCCGGCUGGUGGAGAUCUGCAAGGUGGCCGUAGCGACACUGACCCACGAGCAGAUGAUUGACCUGCUGAGGACGUCGGUGGCGGUGCGCGUGGUCAUCAUACCACCGUACGACGACGCCACGCCGCGCAGGGGCUGCUCGGAGAUGUUCCGCGUGCCCACGGUGGACUACAAGGGCAGCAGCGACAGCAGCAGCGGCGGCUCCUUCGAGUACAAGUUCCCCUUCCGCAGCAACAACAACAAGUGGCAGCGGACCUCCAGCAGCCCCCAGCAGUCGCUGACGGCCUCGCCCCAGCCCCACACGCCCAACCGGGCCGUCAGCCUGGGCAGCUCGGGGGGCAAGACGCUGUCGGCCGAGCGGCUGGAGCGGGGCGGCGGCGGCGUCAUCCCCCGCAGCGUCAGCAGCGACGGGCGGCCGCUGGACCCCAAGCGGAUGUCCCCGGGGGGCAGUGACGGCUAUGGCCUGGGGUCCUCUCUGGCGCUGGGCCGCUCCCCCCACAACCGCAGCUCCCCCAGCAACCUGUCCUGCUCCAGUGACGCCUCCGCUAGCUCCUCCCACUGGAGGACCCAGAAGUCCAUGCCGGAGCAAUUCGGAGGCAGCCGUCACUCCCCCAUGUCCUCAGAGCGUCAGGUUGUGGGAGAAGGCGGGUCCAGCGGCAAGUCCACUCCUAAUUGGUCGAGGAUGGAGGAAGGGGGAGCGGUUGACAGAGGCUCUGCAGAAGCGCCCGUGGCGAAGUCUGGCCCAGGCUACUCAGGAGCUCCACGCAUCCAGAGGCAGGAGCAGGUCAUUCACCUGUCCCCAAAGAAAGGAAGCCAGUCGGACGGCCCCUACUCGGGCCACUCCAGCAGCAACACCCUGUCCAGCACCGCCUCCAGCGGGGGCCUCAGCGACGGCGACAAGUGGUUUGACCUGGGGGCCGGUGGCGGUGGCGGUGGCGGUGGCGGCGGCGGUGGCGGCGGCAGCAGCGGCGGGGGGGGGCCCUCUAGUACCGGAGGCGAUCCGGCCGAGGCGGAGCCCAACGGCCUGGGCGGCGGCGGCUACCUCGGGGGCGCCUCAGCUGACAGCGGCAUCGACACGGGCUCCUACGGUGCGCCGCACCACGGCCACUCCCACGGCCACGCCCACCCCCACUCCCACCAUGGCAGCUCCAGCUCCCUGCUGGCGCCCGGCGCUGCUGGGGGCGGGUCUAGGGAUGGCCGGGACAGCCGAGAGGGGCGGGACAGCCGAGACGGCCGGGACAGCCGAGAGCGGGCCACGCCCUCCCCGUGGCACAGCCCCACCGAGGGGGGCCGCAGGAUGCUGGAGCGGUCCCCCGCCGCGGCCGAGGCGCCCGUGCCCCCCCCGUCGGAGAGCAGCAUGGAGCGCACGGGCCGCACCCCCCCCACCCACCUGCUGGUCCGGGACAGCAGCACAUACAGUCUGAGCGACGUCGGCUCGCACUCCAGCUCCCGCCACUCGGGCCACAGCUCUCCCCGCGAGGAGUCCUCGUCGUCGUCCUCCUCGGCCACCUCUCCCUCCUCCCAGGCCUCCUCGGUGUCCCCGGGCCCCAAGAGCUUCUACCCUCGCCAGGGCGCUCAGUCCAAGUACCUGAUUGGCUGGCGCAAGCCCGGCUCCACCAUCAACUCUGUGGACUUUGGAGACACGCGCAAGAAAUCUCCAGGCGAGGGCGGGAUGGAGGGGGGCAUGCCGACGCCGGCUGCCCGGCCCUCCCUGCGGGACAUGCACUCCCCCCAGCUCUACGCCAAGUCGGUCAUGGAGGAGGACACCAAGAGGCACAACGACAGCCCCCCGCCGCUGCCCCGUAGACACAAGGACAAGUCGUCCCCGGGGUCCAAGCCCCCCAGCCACCGGCGCUCCCUGCACCGCACGCUGUCCGACGAGAGCAUCUACCGGGGCCAGCGCCCGCCGCCCCUCACCGACUCGGUGUCGGAGCAGACGCUGGGCUCCGACGUGCUGUUCAGCUGCUCCACCGUGCCGCGCUCGCCCACCACGCGCGGCGUGCCCCUGCGCCGGCCCUCCUACAAGCUGGGCAUCAAGCUCCACGGCGACUUGUCUGCGUCCGACACCUCAUUGGUGGAGCUGGUGGAGCGUCAGCGUAGGCCCCUCCCCCAGGAGCUGAUGCCCCUCCCACCGUCUCUGGAAAGGGACAGCCCCCUGGACUGGACGCACCUGGUGGACGUGGCCAACACCUUUGACGUCCAGAGAGGCUUUGUGUACUCAGACCCCAGUCAUCACCGGGGCAGUGGCGCCUCCAGCCCCCAGCAGCCCCACAUAGAGCUGCAGCCCCCGCCAAUAUCAAGACCCUCCUCCAGCGAGGGCCACAUAGGGCUGGAGAGGAAGGUCACCAAGCUGGAGGCCAUGGUGAAGAUGCUGCAGGAGGACCUGAAGAAGGAGCGCGAGGACAAGGCGCGCCUCCAGACCCAGAUCAAGAGGCUGUGGGACGACAACCAGCGGCUGAAGGAGGAGUCUCAGACCUCCGCUGCCAAGCUCAAGAAGUUCACCGAGUGGGUGUUCAACACCAUCGACAUGAACUGACUCGCCCAACACACCCGGACACACUGCCAGACCACACACACACACACACUGACACACACACACAGACACUGCCAGACACACACACACACACACACUGACACACACACACACAGAUACUGCAAGACACACACACACACACAGAUACUGCCAGACACACACACACACACACACACACACACACUGACACACACACAGAUACUGCCAGACACACACACAGCCAGACACACGCAUACACACACUCACUGACGCACACACUGCCAGACAUACCCACACACACACUGCCAGACGUACACACACACAUUGCCAGACAGCCACACAAAGACACACACACACGGCAUCCAUUCCGACAUGUAUUGAAAAGCACAAACCCGCAGACGCACACCGAAGGGACUAGGAGGAAAGGGACGGUUCAUCCCUUGGAAAAACGGAGGCUGGAUCACCAGCUCUAAACUGGAGACACACUUCCACCGGUCUAUCCUGGCCCAGAGGCAGGAGGAACCUGGAGGCGGCUCCCAGGAGCCCCUCCGUCCUACAAUCCAACCCCCUGUCCUACUACUCAGGACGACCAUGUCCAGCACGGAGAGAGAAGAGGGGAAUAAAGCAAUCAUUUGAACAAGGGCCUCUCCAAGCACAACCCGGUGACCCAGCCCCCACCACCACCGCCUCUAGACAUGUCCCUCUCUGGCACUGCUCUUUCUCUCGCUCUCGCUCCCAUUCUCUUUAUAUUGCUCUCUUUCGACAUUUGUAAGUAUGGUGCAUCGAGAAUCUCCCCACCUCUCAGCUUGAAACCCGUCAGACCACCCUUGCCACUACCGAUAUUGCCAACCAUUGGUGAGCCAUUGCCCACCAUAAAAACCAGACGCCACACAUUUUUCUAUUGAAACCCAUUCAGAAGGACUUUAGAAUCCGCCAUGUUUUGUGCCUGGUACUUCUGGGGACUGCCUGUACUCUUCACAAAACGUAAAGCCUUCCUGUUGAAUACAGUCCCGCCGGCCAGAGCCAUCCCACAGGGCGGUGUCUUUUUCUACACGCACACAUAAGCUGGUGGUCCUCCGCUUGGGUCCGAGGGGUCUCCACACCCCGUUCCCCGGUCUGUACUGUACAGGCGGCGCCGGCCCGCCCUGGGGGACCUCCCGGACCCCCCGCCCGGGGGGGCUCAGUGAAAAGCCAUCGGAAGCUGUGCCAUGGGGAACCCACCCGAGCAGUGUCCGGGACGUCCCUUGUUUUCGUCCCAUUUCUUCACAAGGUCUUCAGAAACAAAACCCGGUAAGAAAACCAAGCAAUAGGAUCAAGUGCUGGAGAAGCGUGGUCUACGACGCAGCAGCAUGCUGGUGGCACGGGGAGGAGGACACGCAGCCCGCCCCCUUACCUCGCCCCGCCGCAGCCUCUAGGGCUCCCAGCUUCAGGACGGCUCGCCGAGAGGAGAGGGUCAUGGGAGAAGGAGCUCCCCCCAUCUUCAGUAGGAAGUCAUGGCGGUGAGGACUCCCUAGUUCCCACAGCGUAAACAUUCGUGGGACGUUUUAAUUUAUUUCCUUGUAUUAUAAUUCCAAUAAUUAAGUUGAUUGAUUAGUAAGUGCAACUGACAUCAGUGUUAUGUUUAUAUAUAUAUAAAAAUAUAUAUGAAAAGGGUUGCUUCCUAUGUUAUUAUUUAAAUAGCUCCCCCCCCCCAACCCUCUUUGAUUGUUUUGCUUGUUCUGCCUUGAGCCUAAUAUGGUUAUAUGGUUCUGCAAUGUUUCUCAUUGUAGUUUGUGCUUCCCCAAGCCUACUGUUGUGUUGUUUCCUGUGUCCUCUAGUGGUGACCAGUAGAAUGCCAUGCUUUUUUCCCCUUUGAGUUUUCUCAUCAUUUGCUCCCAACAAACUGACUUUGCGAAAAAAAAACAGUGCUAAUCCCAAUGAGACAGGACAGAAGAACCGGAGGAGACCAUAAAGAAGCUUAAAGACAUACAAUCAGAGAGCAUAUUACGUGCAGGUUUGUGUAUGCAUGUGUUUGGGUUUCUGUUGAAUGGGUGGAACUAUGUUCGGACGGUCUUUGUUUGAUGGAAACAUAACUUCAUCACAGGGAUUCUGUCAGGCCAUCGAUUUGAUUGACCGACCGUUGACUUCUCACACUUAUCGGUGCGAGUUAAGCAACUGCAGAUUGUGUGUGUGUGUGUGUGUGUGUGUGUGUGUGUGUGGGGCUUCAUCACUGAGCGGUGGGUGGAGCCAGGACGUGCCUUUUUGAACCACAGCUGAGAUGAGCGAUGUUGGGGACGAGCUCUACUUUUGAAGUAGUAGUAGUCGUCGUCGUAGUGUUCGCGGAGAGCAGCUGCUGACGCAAAAACACACCCACACGCUGUGUGAUGUCGUCCACAGUCAUCCCACAGCUCUGAACCAGACGGGUGUGUGUCUGUAGUGGAGCCCCCAGUAACUUGGUCUGUAUUUUUAAAUCAGCCAUCUGCCUUUCCACAGCACAAUGAGCCCAACAGGACCCCAGAUAUGGAGAAAGAGUGUGUGUGUGUGUGUGUGUGUGUGUGUGUGUGUGUGUGUGUGUGUGUGUGUGUGUGUGUGUGUGUGUGUGUGUGUGUGUGUGUGUGUGUGUGUGUGUGUGUGUGUGUGUAUCUGUGUGGGCAUGCCACUGUUUGUUUACAUUCAUGGCUCCAAGAGCAUGCAGAUGGUUAUUCAUCCUUUUUUAAUGUUGACAUGUAUAGGCAGUAAAAAAAGUAUAUUUCAAGGCAAGAAUGCCUGGAAAUAGGGUAAGGGUUCACAUACUGUUGUGAAGCGAGAAGAACUAUAUAGCCAUUUCUCAUCAAGGUGCCUAAAGUGUGUGUGUGUUUGUGUGUGUGUGUGUGUGUGUGUGUGUGUGUGUGUGUGUGUGUGUGUGUGUGUGUUGGGUUGUUCAACAGGCUCUCAUGUAUUCAUUUAUCCUGUCAAUUGUAACCGCACUUUACGUAUGAUGCCAUUGUCGGGAUAUGAAAGCCAUUUGUUAUCAAACUAUUUUAUUGUUUGUGGAGAUUCCCCCAAAAAUAGACCACUAUUCUCUUAUUUGAUGGCAUACUCCAAAAUUAGCAUAUCAACAUUUCAGGGAUUAAAGAAAAAGCAUGGCGAUAUCACCCUGACUGAUUGUCAAACAACAAACAUGAAUGAAUCAGGAGAUGACUACAAUCGUCCUGUGCUGCCGCCAUCUGGCAGAGAGAUGGAGAUAGAUUCAAACGUUGGAGGGAGAGAGAGAGACAAAUCUCCUCAAACAGAAAUGUGUUGAGGUGUUGGUUCUGUUGUAGGAAUCUUGUGUCUGUCUAGUCCGUGUGUUCGGCCUGUCUGGAUUAGUAAGUGCAGACAUCAAGAAAUAAACAUUUCAUUGGACAACCUUAGACCUGAAAACUGCAAAAAUAGACAAUUCAUGUCAAUGUUCCCAAUUCGCUUGGAGUUGAGACGAGAUUGCCCUUUUUAACCGGCGGUAGGUUCCCAAUUACCUCCCAUGUCUGCAAAAAUGACCUGUCAACUUUCAGUUGACAGGUCCCAGUACAACCAGUAUACCAGGGAAUGACACUUUGGGGUGAUGAAACCAGUGAUUACUGUAAGAUCAGCAGCACUGCGGCGACGCGUAUUGUUCAUAAAGUUGGAGGAUAAUUGAUGUAAACCUGUGGAUGUUCCAGCACAGACUCGCCCUCUAACUGUGCUGCUUAUCUGUACCACUCAGACCAAUUGGGUUCAGAUGUUCCACAACUAUUCCAUUUUGUAACAUAUGUGCAAUCGUUAUUUUUCAUUAAUGUUUGCACAGUGGAUUUUUUUUCUCUGUUUGUAGAAAUUGUUGCCUAUAUACAGGAUGUGGAAUAUGUACUCAUCCUAUGUAUUGUAAAGUUUUAAAAUGUUCCCAAAAUAUUUUUGGUGUGUUUAUUUUUAUGCCUGGUUGUGGUUUGUUGUAGAUUAGGAAGAAGGGAAUUUAAGACUGGGGCCAAGCACUAUGUGUGUGCGCUUGACUGAUCAUUCUGCAGAAGGGACAAGUGAAGGGUAAAGAUACACCAUUUCAAAUUUGGAUUAAAACUGAUCAAAUUGAAAUACUGUUUACAUCUCGCUUUCAUGUCCUUUUUGUAAAGUGUGAAGGUAUUAAAAGAAAAUACAUUUGAAGUGAUCACAGUAUUAAACGUUUCUGAAAUAAAAUAAAUGCUGUAUUGCUUUGUGAUUUUAUCCAUUGUUUUGGUUUUCUUUUGGAGUUGCUUGAAAGCUGCCAUAUUACUGUAAAAUGCACUUUGUUUUUCUGAUGUGAAUCUGAUUCAGAAUGCAGUGGACCCAGGUUUGUAUUUUGUCCUAUGAACAUUGUUAUUGUAAUUGACCUGAACCCGUGGAUCCAUUGGAAAUAAAUGGAUCAUACUUGAUGAAUAAAUCCUUUGAAGAUGCUUAUUCACUUAAUAAAAUAAUCCCUGUAUAUAGUC